AUGCCUCAAUUCACACACCUCCUCCACCGCCUCCUCUGCAUCCCCCUACCGCCCCGAUCCCCACCAAAAACGGACCCCCACACCAUAAGCCACCCCUACAACGCGCACGCCGCCCCCCUCUCCUCCUACCGCCGUGCCACUCCGCCGCGCCGGCGGCCUACCCGCUUCACCCGCCGUCACUCUGCCUCCGCCCAAUUCACCCAACAACCCACCCAGCCCCGCACCCCCACACCAAAUUCUCCACAUACCCCUCCAUCCACCUCACGCACCGCUGCUCUACCCUCAGCUUCACCUGCGCCAGCCUGCCCCCCACCUCCUAUCACGCCUCGACAACCUCCACCGCCGAACAAGACCAAGUCUCCGCCGCGUUCUUCGAACGCCCCGACAGCGGCUUCGGAAACUGGUUACCCCAGCGGGCUGUGUAAGCACUGUGAUCAGACAGCUAAAUCCCACCCGCGGCCGGUGAGCGAGGCGUGGACGAUAUCAGCGUAUGAGCGGGACUCGUUCUGCGAGACGCGCGGCUCGUUAUACGAGAUAGAUGAGAGGGAUUCGUUUUGCGGGCCCGGAACGUGGGGGCUAGAGGAGGAGGAGGAGGAGCAAGGAGAGAUGGGGGUAGAGGGGGGGCUAGACUCGCCGACGCUGCCAUAUGAGCGCUUUUUCACGAUUGGAUCGCAGCCGAUGCCGCCGCUGGUGGUUGUGAAGCGGGGGCGGCCGGAGGAAGAAGAGGUGGGGAGUAUUGAUUUUAAGUCGAGUUAUUAUGCAAGGUUGUAUCGGGACUGGAUCUCGGUGUCGUAG